AUGUGUCUUGAUAGACAAGAAAGUCCUUCUCAGAUGUGUCGUGAAGGGACUAAGAAUGCCAACCGGUUUACUUCGUCGGAAACAUUGAAUUCCGGUAGUACUGCCAUUAAUGGAAGACCAAAAGCCAAAGAAGACAGCGUUCAAAACUAUGUUGAUCAAGGUGCUUCAGGAAAACGCUCGUGUCCCGCUUGUGGUAGAAUAUUCAACUCUGGAAAGGCUUUAGGUGGUCACAAGGCAAGAGGGAAGUGCUUUGUUAAUGCCAGGAAGGGCUUUGAUCUGAAUAGUGGUGGAGAUCACCAACGUCACAUAUGCGGCGUCUGUGGUAAGGAUUUCCCGUCUGUGAUGUCUUUGUCCGGGCACAUGAGGGCUCAUCCUGAGAGAGAUUGGAGGGGAAUUCAACCCCCUCCACUUUCCCAGAAAGUUGAUGAUGAUCACAGUAGUUUUGCACUGGAAUGCAUCGAGGAUUCUGAUAUUGAUCUGUUGAAGUUUCGACCUGAUCCCCGCUCUAAUACUGACCAUAGGAGAGAAACGAUGGAAAGUAGUAGUUGCGUUUUGGCUGCCGAGGGUCUCGUGUGUCUAUCUCUGGGAAGCCAGCUUGCAAACAAGAAAGCUAUAUUAGAAAGCAAGAAAUCUGGAUUAUCAGUCUCAUCCUUGAAAAGAAGGAUCGAUAGCUCACUCUUUAAAAGGAGAGGUUUGAAGAGAUCACUUGUUAAAGCCUGCAAAGGAGGUUCAAUAUUGAAGGCUAGAAACAAAUUAACAGACGAUGAGACUGGCCGUGAGGAUCAUGAACAAGAGUUCAUGGAAGAGCAGUCAUCACAGAGAAAGAAAAGUACAGACGGAUUUGUGCCAGUUAAAACCCAGAUGAUGAAGAAGAAAAAGAAGAAGAAAGGAAAGAAUUGGAAAAUGAUGAUGGGAUGUUCACCAGAUCCUGAAGAAACCUUGAUCAUGAGUAAGAGUACUGCUGCUCAAAUGGCUGCUGAUAAUGGGUAUAUAUGCAGCAAUUGUGGCAAAUCCUUCGUAACAUUCCAAGCCUUGGGUGGUCAUAGAUCCAUCCACACCAAGGAUAAGAAGCUGAGACAAUCCUCAGAUUCAUCAUUUGCUGAUGCAUCAGUAGUUGAAAAUGCUAAAGAAAGCAACAAGACAUCGUCUCAUCAUGUGAGUCAGCCUCCUGAUCAUGAUGACGGUGGGCACAUAAGAUCAUGUGUUUGGAGAGUAGUAGAAUCACCAGGGGAAGCCUCUCAGUCUGCUCCUAAAAUAGAAUUGCCCCUAAAAGCUAGCCAGAGUAGUACUAGUAUUCGAAGAAUAUUGGAUUUUGAUCUUAACGAACCCUAUGAUCAUAUUAUGGAAGACUAA